UGGAAACGUCGAGCGCACACUGAUGACGCAACCGCCUCGGAAUCUCAUCUGAUACAAACAGAGAAUCAUCUACCGCACAGCCAUGAACUGGAGUAAAGGUGGUCCGGGUACGAAGCGAGGAUUUGGCUUUGGAGGAUUUUCUCUUGCAGGAAAAAAAGAGGAGCCUUCUGUUCCUCAGAAAUCAGUCACAACAUUUGGUCCCCCUGGAUCAAGUGGAGGAUAUGGGCAGAGCCAGCAGCUCCCAUCAUUCUAUAAAAUAGGGUCCAAAAGAUCUAACUUUGAUGAGGAAAAUGCAUAUUUUGAAGAUGAUGAAGAGGAGUCCAGCAGCAACGUGGAUCUGCCAUAUAUUCCAGCUGAGAACUCGCCCACAAGGCAGCAGAUGCAGUCGGGCGGUGGCUCAGAUAGCGAAGAUGACCCGCUGGAUGCUUUCAUGGCAGAGGUUGAGAACCAAGCAGCUAAAGACAUGAGAAAACUAGAAGAGAAAGAAAAGAAGUCAGAUAAGGGAAUUCGUGAUGACAUUGAAGAAGAAGAUGAACAAGAAGCUUACUUCCGCUACAUGGCAGAGAAUCCCACAGCUGGCUUGACCCUAGAAGAAGAGGAUGAAAACAUUGAGUAUGACAGUGAUGGGAACCCGCUUCCCUCCACAACUAAGAAAAUCAUCCUGCCGCUUCCUCCUAUCGACCACUCAGAGAUAGAUUACCCACCCUUUGAGAAAAACUUUUACAACGAGCAUGAGGAGCUCAGUUGUCUUAAUGGCACUCAAAUGUUGGAGUUGAGGCACAAGCUGAACUUGCGAGUAUCUGGUGCUGCCCCUCCAAAACCUUGCACCAGCUUUGCCCACUUUGGUUUUGAUGAGCAGCUGAUGCACCAAAUUCGGAAGUCAGAGUACACUCAGCCCACACCAAUUCAGUGCCAGGGUGUUCCAAUUGCUCUGUCUGGACGUGACAUGAUUGGCAUUGCAAAAACUGGCAGUGGCAAAACGGCAGCUUUUAUUUGGCCAAUGCUGGUUCAUAUCAUGGAUCAGAAGGAGCUGGAAGCUGGAGAAGGGCCCAUUGCUAUCAUUGUGUGCCCUACAAGAGAGCUUUGCCAGCAGAUACACGCAGAAUGCAAGCGUUUCGGGAAAGCCUACUCGCUGCGUUCCGUGGCCGUCUAUGGAGGAGGCAGCAUGUGGGAGCAGGCCAAGGCUCUGCAGGAGGGAGCAGAGAUUGUAGUGUGCACUCCUGGCCGUUUGAUUGACCACGUUAAAAAGAAGGCCACGUCUCUGCAGCGAGUGUCCUAUCUGGUGUUUGAUGAGGCAGAUCGCAUGUUUGACAUGGGCUUUGAAUAUCAAGUUAGAUCUAUUGCCAGUCAUGUUCGUCCAGACCGGCAGACUCUUCUGUUUAGCGCUACCUUUCGGAAGAAAAUUGAGAGGUUGGCAAGAGACAUACUGGUCGAUCCUAUUCGUGUGGUGCAAGGAGACAUUGGAGAGGCCAAUGAAGAUGUGACUCAAGUGGUGGAGCUGCUGCUCAGCGGAUCAGAUAAGUGGAACUGGCUGACCCGGCGGCUGGUCGAGUUCACCUCCACUGGCUCGGUGCUCAUUUUUGUCACCAAGAAGGCCAACAGUGAGGAACUGGCUAAUAACCUGAUACAGGAGGGUUACAGCCUGGGCCUCCUGCAUGGAGACAUGGAUCAGAGUGAGAGGAACAAGGUCAUCAGCGACUUCAAGAAGAAGAACUUGCCUGUGCUGGUGGCCACCGACGUAGCCGCUCGUGGUCUGGACAUCCCGUCCAUUCGCACGGUAGUGAACUACGACGUGGCACGAGACAUCGACACGCACACUCACAGGAUCGGUCGUACGGGUCGUGCCGGAGAAAAGGGCGUCGCCUACACCCUCCUCACCAACAAAGACACCACAUUCGCUGGAGACCUGGUCAGGAAUUUGGAGGGGGCUAAUCAAGCCGUUAACAAAGAAAUCAUGGAUUUAGCCAUGCAGAAUCCCUGGUUCAGGAAAUCCCGAUUCAAGGGUGGCAAAGGGAAGAAGAUGAACAUUGGUGGAGGUGGUCUUGGUUACAAAGAGAGACCAGGCCUGGGGUCCGAUACCUCUGAACGAAGCAGCUUCUCUUCUUCCACCAGUAGCUAUGAAAGUUAUACCAAGCCAACUACUGGGGCAAUGGGGGAUCGUAUGUCUGCACUGAAACAAGCCUUCCAGGCUCAGUAUAAGAGCCACUUUGUGGCUGCGUCCAGUGGCCCUCCGAAGCUCAGUGCCAAGUCCAGCAGCACCUCUGGCUGGACGAGUGCCGGCAGCCUGAGCUCUGUACCGACAGAGGCUGCCAAUGGUUCAGAACGGUCUAAGGGAGAUAUGUUCUCAAUGGCGGGUUUCAUGAGCGCCGGCUCGCUGAGCUCCGUGCCCGUCGUUCCAACGAGCGUGCCGCACACUAGCCCUCCUCCACCUGCACCUCCCUCCCCGAAAGAGAGCUCACGGGACAGACACGGGGACGACCGCGGCCGCCACGAAGACCAUCGCCACAGCGUCAGGAGCGAUCGGCAUAGUGGCGAGGAUCGCCACGGAGACCGGGACCGGCGUGGAGAUAGAGAUAGAGAUCGGGAUCGCCACAGCGAUCGAGACCGCCACGGGGAUCGGGAUCGUCACGGGGAUCGGGAUCGCCAAAGCAGCAGCAGCAGCAGCAGCAGCCGCCACGGCGAUGCCCGUAACGGUGACGGAAGCAAGAGGGACAGAGAUGACUCGAGGGGUGAUAGGGAUGGUGGAGACAGGGGGAGUAGAGAGGGAAGGGACAGAGGAGAUGAUAGCUUUGCUGUUCCCGACCCACCAAAACGUAGAAAGAGCAGAUGGGACAACUAAAGGGGAAAAUAAGUCGAUGUCAUUGAAUAGUAUGUGCAGCCAAGUUACUGCAGUUCAUAUCAGAGGACGACCCAAGCACCAAACUGUAAGGAUUUGAUUUAAAAGGAGGGAGGAUUUGAUUUAAAAUGAACAGAAAGUGUACGGAUGGUCCUGACGGGUUGUUUAGGACUUCAUGAUGUGGAGAGAGUUCAACAGUUUGUUCAGCACAGACGGCUCAGAGAAAGUCAUUGUACAUAAACCAUCAAGACUGAUGUUCCUGUAAUUCAAGUCCAGCAAUAGAGUCGUAUUAAAUGAUGCUGUCAGUAAAAAAAAAAAAAAAAAAAAAUCUAAUCUAAGCUGUGUUGUUUCUUCUCGGAGCUCCUAACUUGUUGUAAUAUCAAAACUUGGUGUGUUUUUCCUUAAGAAUUCUGCUGAGUGUGUUUGUACCGUUGCAUUUUGUUUAUCUACAAAACUAAAAGCUUUUUUUUUUUUUUUUUUUUAAGGCACUGUUGUGAUUCACAGCUAGACGCACAUUAAAAACAAAAAUGUCUAUCCAUUUUUGAGUCAUGUGUUCGAGUUAUAGUGAAGUGCCUUUCCGUGGCAUGUAGUCUAUGUUUAACUGUUUUUCAAGAAACUUUUUUUGAGAGGACGAUCGCGUGUUUGUCAACACAAUUAAGCUUUGAUUAAAAAGUGUUCCUCGG